CUUUCUGGGGCGAGACCUGGAUCAUGGAUCCCGUGAGCCGGUCCGCGGUGAGCCGAGCGCCGGCUUCCGCUUCCCUGGGGAAGAAAAGGCGCGGGCUCGCGCCCUAAAAUCGAUUCUGUCCAACAACUUUUGCGCGACAAGAGAAGAGAGCGGGGGGAAGAGGACGACGAGGGAUUUCGCCUGUUCGAAAAGACGCGGGAAAAUGGAGGCCGAUGUCCAACGGCCCGCGUCCAAUCCAACGGCUAUGCUCGCAGCACUGGUGAGCAAGAGGGAGAAGCUCCAGGAGGAACUUCGUAAACUCGAGGACCAGUUAUAUGAGUUGGAGGGCAAUUACUUGCAUGACUCUGCUCAAUGCGGUAACGUACUCAAAGGAUUCGAAGGCUUCCUGUCAUCAUCCAAGAGCACAACCAAUUUAAAACGUCCCAGGAAGUUGCAGGCCGAAGACCGUCUCUUCUCGUUGUCCUCAGUAACUUCACCUGUGGUUGUUGAUCAUGGUGCUGGACGAGAAGAUGGGAGGUCGGAAUUUGGUCGAGUUAAGGGUGGUGGCACUCCUGCAAAUGGACAAGGGAAACCAAAGAAAGGGGGAAGGUCAGCUUCAAGAGAUGGAAAGAGGAUGAGACUAAGUGAACAGGAAAUUGAUGAUGAUGAUGAUCCUGACUUGAGUUUGAGAUAGCUGCUCACCAGGUUGAUUUGGAUUGGUUUGAAAGGCUGUAAUUUGGUUGAAUGGUGACAUUUGAUGGAUAGUUCGUCCUGCUGCUAUUAAGCUGAGGGUUUUUUCUGUCGUCUCCAUGCUUUAUCUAUUGAGAAAUGAAAACUCUGGUCACUAAAGUGGUGGCGAUUGCACUCUGAUGGCCGAGGCAAAUCUUUUUGUGUAAAUGUAAUUGAUGCAUAUUUGAUAUUUCCCAUAUAUGUAUAUAAAUAAUUACAAGAAAUUGAUAUGGAA